CAGGAACUUCCAAGUCACGCGGUUUGUGUUUGGGGCGGAAGACGGCAAGAUGGCAGCUGCACGGAGUGGUCUCUUGGAGAAAUGGCGGAUCGACGAGAAACCGGUGAAGAUCGAUAAAUGGGACGGAGCGGCUGUGAAGAACUCUUUGGACGACGCUGCCAAAAAUGUGCUGCUGGAUAAGUACGGCUACGAGGAGAAUUUCGGGCUGGUGGACGGUCGCCUGUUCAUCUGCACCGUGUCCUGUGUGUUCGCCAUGGUGGCACUGGUGUGGGACUACCUGCACCCCUUUCCUGAGUCCAGACCGGUUCUGGCCUGUUGUGUCAUCUCGUACUUCAUCAUGAUGGGCGUGCUGACGCUGUACACUAACUACAAAGAGAAAAACAUUUUCCUGGUGGCGCUCCAGAAAGAUCCGGCCGGGAUGGAUCCGGACUACACCUGGGUGCUCUCGUCCUCCCUUAAACGGUUUGACGACCAGUACACGCUGGUAUUGUCUUUCAACAACGGCAGGGAGAAGACUUGGAGGGAAUACGAGUUCACCAAGUCAGUGUCGGCGUUCUUUGACGAGAACGGGACUCUGGUGAUGGACCAGUUUGAAAAAUGUGUUUCCGGACUCCAUGACUCACUGGCCAGCGACAAGAAAAUGAAAUGAAUCGACAACUGAUGUGCCAGAUGUGUUCUCUCGCUGCCGCUCUUAUCUUUUUGUAUAUCACAAGCAGAAUGUUCCUCUUGUCCGCCGUGACCUGAACACAUUGUUGUCGUUGUAGGCAAGGAGAAUAAAAGUGUUACAUACUG